CAAAUAUUCUGUAUAUAAUUGUUCCUCUUUGAAUGAGGAUUGAAAAAUUGCCAUUAUAUUUUUAUCAAUUUGAAUCUUGUGCCCCAGCUGUUGCUGCUCUUACUUCCUAGGAACCACCGAUUUUCUCUCUCGCUGUUACACAACAUUGAAAGUGUACCAGAGAGAAAACUCGUGGGCUCCAAUGAUACUCCUUCUGUAGACUUUGACUCAUUUACAUACUUUGUUUCAUUCAUUACUCCCUCACCAAAGCAUGAAAACCUGUCAACUGCACAUGUAGUGCUUGACAGGAGUGAUCUGUUCUGCAGUGAAAUUCUUUUAGGACAAUUUACACCAUGAAUAAAAGUUUGGAUACAUUGAAGACAGUGUGUGUUGUGUUCCUUCAUUAUCAAAUAACUACCUCUUAUGAAACCGAUGACAGGCAGACCUUCCAUCCAACCUUCUACAGACGUAUCAGGAGCGCUCAGCAGACGGAGAAACUGACAUACUCCGGGAAGUUCCCUACAGACACUCGUCAUUCUACUUGGCUCAAACACUACUGUUAUGGAAAUCCAUCUACACCAGCUGCAGCAGGUGUUGUGCCAGAAGGGUUCGUUCUUGAACAGGUUCACAUUCUCCUGAGACCGGGCAUCACAUCCUCAGAAAGUAUCCACAACUGUGUCAAAGUACCAGCAAGCAGCCAUCUUUUAGCAAACCGCACUCAUUACCUUCUGAAAAAUUCUGCUCUGCACAAAACUUUUCAAAAUGCUCCGGCCAUAAACAGCAGUAUCCAUUGUAAGAAGGAGCAGUUGCAUCCCUUGGCACAUCUUCAGUUCCAGGAGUUAGGAAAAGCAUACAAUAUGUUGUAUAUGAAAAAAUGGAAUAUUGAAACAAGUCAUGUUGCCCCAAAGCAUUUUAGAAUUCAUUCCAUGGACAAAACAGAUAGUUUGUCAAGUCUUUUGUCGUUUCUAUAUGGCAUGUUACCUUAUAAGCAUUUUGAAAACAUAAAUAUUCAGAAAUUGGAUGCAGUCACUAUCUCUAAAAUUAGGAGCAUAAAUUCAAAAUUGUCAGAAUGUAAUUUUCUGCCCAAUCUGACAGAUUAUCUCAAUCAACAUUUUGUUAAACUUUCACAAAAGGAAGUUGGAAUUAAUCAUUUUGCUUCCAAUACCUUACCAAAUAUGUGCUCUUCAUUUCAAAAUUCAAGAAACAGUACAGCAGAAAAUAUAGUGAAAAAUACCCUACUUUUAAUGGAUAAAGGAGUGAAGUCAUGCAGCAGUCAUCAGAGAUGUCGGGAACUGGCGGAUCUGCACACAUUUCCAUGGUUACAAGAAUUUGUGAGAAAUGUUAGGAUGAUAAAUCAUGUUUUUGAGAAAGUGUUUAUCUAUGCUGUGGAUCGAGCCUUUAUUUCAUACCUAAUGUCAUCACUUAGACAUCGCAAUGUCAAGGUCACUCACCCAGGGUCACACGUUGCUAUAGAGAUCUACAGAAACCUGUAUGAAACAGUUAAUCCUUACUAUGUAAAAAUUUUGUACAAUGGUAGAGAUAUCUCUCAUCAUGUUCCUCUGUGUACUAAAACAUACCCAUGGAGUUUGUGUAAGCUCAAGUACUUUGUUGAUUUUCAAAGGCAAAAGUACAAGUCAUUGUUUAAAGCUAGUCCCAUGGUGCAGAGAAAGUGUCAUUUCCCUUUGUUAUAAGAUAUUAUGUUUUCACUAGAAUGUUGACCUGCAGGUGCUCCUUAUAAGGUAUCACUAGGAUGCUCUACACUUGCAGGUGCUCCUUAUAAGGUAUCACUAGGAUGCUCUACACCUGCAGGUGCUGCGACUCCACACAGAUAGUGAUUCCUGUGUGUCGACCAUGCUUUCCCGAUAACACAACAAAUUGUGUUAAAGCUCUCAAUUUAUGUUACCUGCAGAGCAUGUCAGACAUGAAGGGGACACUGUCCUUCUGUCUGUCUGUCUGGAGUUGUAUUCCUUGGAACACGAUCUCAAGUGUGACUUGGACAAAUGUUAGCAUAUCAAAAGCAUGUGUACAUAAUUUUGUUAAAAGCUUUAAAAGAAAUUUAACAAUAGCAGUCUGGAAUUUUGGUUUAAUCAGUUGGUGAAAAGUCAUGGGGAUGUUUAAUAUCAUUCUCUCUCAUGAUUGAUAGACAAUAAACAGUCUGAAUUUGGAAUCUAACUAACUUUCGAAAUUUUCAUAAACAAAUACAAUUUACGGUAUAUGUUUGCAUUUAGUUUAUUUCAUAAAUCAGCACUGAGAUUUUUUUUAUAUUUUAAACAUUUGUGCUAAAUAAACCUUUUAAGAAUAUAAGAAAUCAAAAUUUUGACUUAAAUCUAUAUUCUCAGUUGAUGGUCUUAAGGCCUAGGUAAUAAACCUGGUAUAUUCUGUAGACAUCUUGUACUCCUUAUAUUGAUUAUAGGUUGCUAGGAUCAUGGUAUUCCAAAAAUAAUUGGAUGAUUUAAUAUGAUCUCCAAUCUGUACUACUGCAAGUUUAGUUUUUGCUAGUUUCGAUUACCUGGAGCAUUGACUGUAUUUUGUUCUUUUUCUAAACAGUACAUAAAAUACUGUGUCACUAUCUAUUUGAAUAUAUUUUUGCUAUUUGUGAUCAAUACAAUACAAUUUUUGUUUAUAACAUUUGUGAAGAGCAUUUUGUUCCAAUUAAGAUUCUUAAAUUUGCGCAAGAGUUUUUCUUAUCAUGUUUCAAAUUUUAUUGUCGGAGUACAAAUAGUCAUAUUAGUUUGAAAGUUAAAAAAUGAAUAAAAUUUUAAGUAUUGUGUCAUGGCAUUUUUUGGGAAUGGUAAAAUAACAAAAGAUUUUUACUUUUAUAAGGCAUCGGUUGAGCUUAUCAUUUUAAAAUUCUGUGUAUAUAAGAAAAGGUGGCAUUAUGAAUGAAUAUUUUGUGUACAAUGUUUGCAGAACAUAAAAGAGUUCCCUGAUAUGGCUGCAUUUAUAUAUCUAUAUGUUCAAGAAUCAGUCUCAAAUUUAUUUUUUGAUCACUCUUCAAGUGUUCGUAGGAUACUGUCUGUGUUGUGGAGUUAAAUUAAUUUUGCCAAGUUCAAUACCUCUAGUUUUACACUGCCAUCAAUAGUGUCUCACUAAAUAAUGUUUAACAGUUGUGUAAAUAUGUCGGAGACUGUGCUUACCUACUAUGCAAUAGUAUGCAUCAUAGACACCUUACAUUGUAGACUGUGAGGGACUUGGGGUUUGUUUUUUUUUUGGGGGGGGGAGGUAAAUAAUUUAUGAUUUGGGUCCUUUUUAUGAAGAAAAAAAAACAAAAACGUGACAAUAAUUAUUAAAUCCAAGAUCUGAUUUAUUGUUGAUUACCUACUGAAGUCUCAUUUAAAUUUUGAAAACUCCUACAUAAUAAAUGUGCUUAGAAAACAACUAACAAGUUAUCUUAGAUCUGAAAUAUACCUACCCCGCAUUGUGAUAUAUCGUUAAUGUGUUUGUAUUGAUGUGGUGUAUUUUUAUUUUUCCCAUGCUCAUUUCACUGAUUGGUGCAUUUAGAUACUAAAUAUGCUUAAUAUUAUAAGAUUAAACAUUAUAGUCAUAUUUAUUUACAUUUCAUUCUCAUUACCAAGUCUAUGGUGCUUAAGAUUGUUGCUUGUCUGUGUGUAUUUUGAUAGCAUUUUUACAGUGAAUUCUUUUGAAUUCAGUAUGAGAUGUAUUAAUUCAAUGAAGAAUUUAUUGUCUUUGAUUUUUCAGUUAUAUGUCUAUGUUAUUGGAUUUUAUUUAUUUCUAUUUAUUAAAUUUUUUUUUUGUUGGAUUCUUUUGAAUUCAAUGCAAGAUGUAUUAAUUCACUUACAUAUUGAUUGAUUUUAAUGACUUGAUAUUGACAAUUUGCUGAUCAUGGAUUCUUUUGAAUUCAAUACGAGAUGUAUUAAUUCCCCAUUAAUCAAAUUUUAUUAUAUACUAGUUUUUGUAGAAUUAGUUUGAUUAAAGGGCUUGAGUUUCAUUCUAAUUUUCCAAUUCUGAUAUAAAACUAUGAGUAAGGUCUCCAAGGAACAUCAAAUUUACAACCAUGAAUUAUACUACCAUACUAAGGAAGUAAUUUCCCCUAUCUAUUUAAAUUUAAAAAAAAAAAAAAAUUUGGUUCAAACUUCAUGAAAAUUGUAUUUUAAAGAUUGAUAAUCAAAUGAAGCUUAGUGCACUUACAGUCAAAGAUUUACUGAACCAUAAUAGUCAAUUAUGACAUCAAAACUCAAGUCCAUGCUUCAAAUAAUGAAUAUUUUUGAAAUGUAACUCUUAGAAUUAUACGAGUAUGCUUUAGUGAAUCUUUAUAAAAAAUCUUCUUCAGCUUUCAUAAUUGAAAGUAAAUUACAGAGAAAAGAGACAGAUUCUCGGAGUAAUUUUAUGGGUAAUGUAUAGGGAAAAUUCAUCUGUUUGUAAUAUCAAUAGCUGUACAUAUAAUUUUUGGAUAUUUUAAUCAUGAAUGUGAUUAAUCCUUCCACAAACACAUUCUGUAAAUGUUGUAAGUCAGAUUGAAAAUUUAGCAUGAUCUGAUUGAAAAUACAAUAAAUGUGAUAAAAUACAAUAAAUGUGAUAAAAUACACUUCAGUCGUCCAACAAAUAACUGAAAGCUCAAUCUGAUUAAAAUCAGGUCCUUUGAUCCGUUCGCGUAGAUCUACAUACUUUGUAGCGAUCUACAUGAGCGGGUUUUAAUAAAAUUGCUAGAAAGCUGCACUUAUUGUCUCCCUUUAUUUGAUUUCUGUAUGUUAAUUAGACACCACUUUUGGAUUUGUCACAGUUUGAGCAAUAGAUCAAUAAUGCUUUUGUGUAUUUCCAAAUGUAAUGAAGAUAUUGAAUGAACAAUCGAAACAUUAAUGAAGUAAACAAGUAAAACUAAGUCUAUAGACAGAAAUAGCAAUAAAACUUUGAUUACAUAGCUAGUAGUAAGCUUUGUAGCUAUGUAAUCAGUUUGUCACAGUGACUGAUGUUAGCAUUUUUAGAAGGUUAAAAUAUUGACAUUUUCCUAGUGUAUCUUUCAAAGAGCAGUGAUCUCUUGCAUACCUGACUGUUUCAAAGAUGUUUCUACUAUUGUCUGGUAGAUAUAAUUGUCAUUUAUGCUUAGGAUUUUAAUAUUAACAAGUUUUCAAAAUUUCAUUGUUAACAGAUGAAUAUAUUAUAUUUAUAGUUAUCUUCGCCCUUGGCUAGCGAAGAUGAUUUUUAGUAAGAGUAGUAUUUCUAGUAUAUUUUAAUAAAUGGAAGUGGCUUGUAUUCCAGAUUUGAAUUUGUAAGGUUACUGAAACAAAUGAAUAAUAAAUAGAAUAAUAAUUAGAAUAAUCAUUAGAUGUACAUACCCAGUAUUAACUUUGAUUCAUUAGUACCCGUAUAAAUCGCAUAAAACCCAACAAACCCUCUUAUAUUUAACAGGUACUUAUUGGGGGGGGGGGGGGGGGGGGGGGGUGGGGGGGUAUAUACAUCCACUCAAUGCAAGAGGUGCAGUUGAGUAUUAUACAAUGCAUAUGAAGUCAGGUAUCUAAUAUUUGAAAAGGAGGAUGGGUAUUAUUGUAAUUAUUUAAUGCUUUAAAAAAAAAUAUGAAUGCAGAUGUUCAUGAUUUACAUACAAUUAUUGAUUUCUUGUCUCAUUGCAUACCGGUAUUAAUAUCAUGAUCUGUUGUGGAGUUGAACAAAAAUGAUUGUUAACUCAUCAUGGUGUUGUACUUCAAUGAGGAUUGUUAUUUGCUUGUUUUGUGAAAAAUGAUAGUUUGUUGGUGGUGAAAACAUCGCAAUAAACUAUGAAAAAAUAAA